GGAGGUGGCGGGAGCGUGCCUGGUCCCCGCCCCUGUUUCCCACUCUUUCCACCUCCGACCGGCUGGGGCUCUGGAGAGGCGCCGCUCGCCGGUCCCCGGAGCUGCCCUGCCCCUGCCGCCGCCGCCGCGGCUAGCCCGUCCGUCCGCGCACGGUGCGCUCCUCCGUCUGGGCCAUGGAUGGCGGGGAUCUGAUGAGCUUCUUUCUUCUGGAGUCGUUAACGGACCUUCUACCAUGAACAGUUCUACUUCUACAGGUGUGUAUGCUAAUGGGAAUGACAACAAGAAAUUUAAAGGAGAUAGACCUCCCUGUUCACCUUCCCGUGUUCUCCAUCUUCGAAAAAUUCCAUGUGAUGUCACCGAAGCAGAGGUCAUAUCAUUAGGUCUACCAUUUGGCAAAGUAACUAAUCUUUUGAUGUUGAAAGGAAAAAGCCAGGCUUUCUUAGAAAUGGCUUCUGAGGAAGCUGCUGUUACUAUGGUGAACUAUUACACUCCUGUUACUCCUCAUCUUCGAAGCCAGCCUGUUUAUAUUCAGUAUUCCAAUCACAGAGAACUUAAAACUGACAAUCUACCUAAUCAAGCUAGAACCCAAGCUGCACUGCAGGCUGUGAGUGCUAUUCAGUCAGGAAACCUGGCCCUUCCAGGAGCUACUUCCAAUGAAGGCACAGUCCUCUCUGGGCAGAGCCCUGUGCUCCGAAUAAUUAUUGAAAACCUCUUUUAUCCCGUUACUCUAGAAGUUCUUCAUCAGAUAUUUUCUAAAUUUGGCACAGUUUUGAAGAUUAUCACCUUUACAAAGAAUAAUCAGUUUCAAGCCUUGCUUCAGUAUGCUGACCCAGUGAAUGCACAUUAUGCCAAAAUGGCGCUGGAUGGCCAGAAUAUCUAUAAUGCAUGCUGCACUCUGCGUAUUGACUUCUCCAAGCUCACCAGCCUUAAUGUGAAAUAUAAUAAUGAUAAAAGCAGAGACUUCACUCGCUUAGACCUUCCUACUGGUGAUGGUCAGCCAUCUCUUGAACCUCCUAUGGCUGCUGCUUUUGGUGCACCAGGUAUAAUUUCUUCACCAUAUGCAGGGGCUGCUGGAUUUGCCCCAACAAUUGGAUUUCCUCAAGCUGCAGGCCUGUCAGUCCCAACCGUUCCUGGAGCCCUGGGUCCUCUCACACUCACAUCCUCUGCGGUCACUGGGAGGAUGCCCAUUCCUGGGGCAAGUGGUAUACCAGGAAAUUCUGUUCUGCUGGUCACCAACCUCAAUCCUGAUCUUAUCACUCCACAUGGGCUUUUUAUCCUAUUUGGAGUAUAUGGUGAUGUGCAUCGAGUGAAAAUUAUGUUUAAUAAGAAAGAAAAUGCCUUGGUUCAGAUGGCAGAUGCAAAUCAAGCCCAGCUAGCAAUGAACCAUUUAAGUGGUCAGAGACUUUAUGGAAAAGUCCUUCGUGCUACACUCUCCAAACACCAAGCAGUUCAGCUUCCUCGAGAAGGUCAAGAAGACCAAGGUCUGACUAAGGAUUUCAGCAAUAGUCCUUUGCAUCGAUUUAAAAAGCCUGGUUCUAAAAACUUCCAGAAUAUCUUUCCACCAUCAGCUACUCUGCAUCUGUCAAACAUUCCCCCUUCUGUUACAAUGGAUGAUUUGAAGAACCUUUUCACAGAAGCUGGAUGUUUGGUGAAGGCUUUUAAAUUCUUCCAGAAAGAUCGCAAAAUGGCACUCAUUCAGUUGGGAUCUGUAGAAGAAGCAAUCCAGGCCCUCAUUGAGCUUCAUAAUCACGAUCUUGGAGAAAAUCACCACCUCCGAGUUUCCUUCUCAAAAUCUACAAUCUGACAUCUCUGUGAAUCUUUCUCCUCAAACUGGACCAUAAGUACAAUAGAACCUUCAGACAUAGACUGAAGCAGCUCAAGACCAAUCCUGCCUCUUUAACAAAAAAUAACUCCUUCAGAGUUUGAUAUUCAAGUACAUUCAAACAAGAGAUGUUCUUUUUUUUUUUUUCCCAUUUUUCCCUUUGCUCCCAUAAAUAAUCAAAGGUUUGCUUUUCCUUUGUACCAUGAUUUCUAUGAAAAUAACCUUCAGGAAGGAAAAAAAAUCAGGAAAAAUACUUCUUCAGUAAUUUCUUGUGAUAAAUCAGAUUUCAUGAGAGCAGACUUUCUUUUAGUUUGGGUCUAGAUCAGCCUUAUACAACAUUUAUAAACUCCUUUGUACUUUAAGAAAUUUAGACAAUUGCAGACUUUUAAAAUUACUUGAUGUAAGUAAUUUAAACCACUUACAGCCAAGUUUUUAACUUUAUGGUUUAGAAUUUUGACCCCUGUAGGAGAUUGUUUGCUUGGAAAAUUAUAUUAAAUAUUUACCAUCUAUAUUGAUAGUUAAUAUACAUAAACACAUUGAGUUGUAUUGGAAGCCGAUUUAUAAAUGUGCAUGUUUUCUUCA